UGGCGGUCUCUAGGUGAUUUAGCGCCGCCAGUCUCGAGCAGGUGUCCAACAUGGCGAACACGGGAAACGGAUCUCUCACUAUUUCUCUCUCUCUUUUCGUGAUAUCAGCGGCGUUUCUUCUAAAAGGAGCCGCUGAGACCUUGUCAGUUGAAGGUCAAAACCUGGGGACGGAUAAUGUAUCAGUGAUCGAGGGGGAGAUGGCGACCAUCAGCUGCAGGGUGAAGAACAAUGAUGACUCAGUCAUCCAGCUCCUCAACCCCAACAGACAGACCAUCUACUUCAGAGACGUCAGACCCCUGAAGGACAGCCGGUUCCAGCUGGUGAAUUUCUCCGACAACGAGCUGCGGGUGUCUCUGUCCAACGUGUCACUGUCAGAUGAGGGACGCUAUGUGUGCCAGCUCUACACAGACCCUCCUCAGGAGGCCUACGCAGACAUCACUGUGCUGGUCCCACCAGGCAAUCCAAUCAUCGAUUCCCGAGAGGAUGUGGUCAGUGAGGGGAACGAGACAGAGCUCACCUGUACAGCCAUGGGCAGCAAGCCCGCCGCCUCCAUCAGAUGGAUGAAAGGAGAGCAGGAGCUGACAGGUGAGAUGACGAUGGAUGAGACCUACGACAGGAUGUUCACGGUCACCAGUCGGCUGAGACUCAUCGUGUCCAAGGAGGACGACGGAGCGCCAGUCAGCUGCAUCAUCGAACACCCAGCCGUGAAGGACCUCCGGGCACAGAGAUACCUGGAAGUGCUAUAUCAACCAGAAGUGAAGAUCGUUCAGGCGUUUCCUGAAGGUUUAACAAGAGAGGGAGAGAAUCUAGAGCUGACGUGCAUAGCAAAUGGCAAACCACAGCCCCAUCAGAUCAGCUGGCUCAGAGUGGAUGAUGAUGUGCCGUCUCACACCGUCAUCACCGGCUCUGACCUCUUCAUCGAAAACCUCAACAAGUCGUACAACGGCACGUACCGUUGUGUGGCCUCCAACGCCGUGGGAGAGGCCUACGAUGACUACAUCCUCUUUGUAUACGAUGCUCCUACCACGAUCCCCACACCCACCACCUUGAACCUAGACAACACCCAAGACUCCAGAGCUGGUGAGGGGGCACCACAGAAGAUAGACCACGCUGUCAUCGGAGGCGUGGUUGCCGUGGUGAUGUUCGCUAUCCUCUGUGCACUCAUCAUCCUGGGGCGCUACUUCGCCAGACACAAAGGCACCUACUUCACACAUGAAGCCAAAGGGGCAGACGACGCAGCAGAUGCAGACACGGCCAUCAUUAAUGCAGAGGGGGGACACAACAACACGGAGGAGAAGAAGGAGUACUACAUCUAAUGAUGAG